AUGGAGUCUUAUCAAAACCAGUCCGGAGCGCAGCAGUCUCACCAACAGCUUGAUCAAUACGGAAAUCCAGUUCCGAUAGCGACCGGAGCCUAUGUAGCUCCGGUCAUGGCUGGUCAUCACACGGAAGGUGGUGGUUUGAGCGGAAUGCUUCAUCGUUCUGGAAGUAGCUCCAGCUCUAGCUCGGAGGACGAUGGACUAGGUGGAAGGAGGAGAAAGAAGAAGGGCAUAACGGAAAAGAUUAAGGAGAAGAUGCCAGGUCAUCAUGGGUCCCACCAGACGCCCACCACCACGGUUUAUGAUACCACCGGCACCGGCACAGGCGGCAUCGCCGGAGUUCAACACGAGAAGAAGGGUAUGUUGGAGAAGAUCAAAGAGAAGCUUCCCGGUGGUCAUCAUUAG